AUGAUGAUUGGACGGUGCUGGGUUUUUCCUCCGCCAUGUUUCUCCGCCGUGAGAGCUAGAUGUUUCGCCGGAGAAACUUCCGAUACCGGGAUUCUAUUCCGCGAAAAGCUUAUUUACCUUCAAGACCUUAACGUCGAUCCACACAAAGCUCUACGAGUAAACCCAUCACUCCGUUCUGCUCCAAUCUCCACAGUCGUCUCCGUCGAGAAUCUCCUCUCUUCCACCGGACUUUCGAGACCAGCGGUUGGUCGAAUCCUCGAUAUGUUCCCUGAUUUGUUAACUUCCGAUCCAGAAUCCGAUAUCUUACCAGUCCUACGCUUCUUAUCAGACGAAAUCUCGAUUCCGGAGAAAGAGAUACCGAAAUCGAUCUCUCGUUGUCCUCGAUUGCUGAUUUCUUCUGUAGAUCUCCAGCUUCGUCCUGCGUUAACGUUCCUUAAAACCCUAGGAUUCGUCGGACGAGACACGAUUACGUCGCGUAACACGGUUUUGCUUGUGUCUAGUGUUGAACGAACCGUAAUUCCUAAAAUUGAGUAUCUUGAAGAAGGAUUAGGGUUUAGUAGAGAAGAAGUAGCGAAGAUGGUAGUGAGAUCUCCUGCAUUGUUGACUUAUAGUGUUGAGAACAAUUUAGCUCCUAAAGUUGAGUUUUUUUUGGAGGAAAUGUGUGGAGAUGUUAGGGAAGUGAAACGUUUUCCUCAGUAUUUUUCUUUUAGUUUGGAGAGGAAGAUAAAGCCUAGGCAUAGGUUGCUUAAGGAACAUGGGAUUUUGAUGCCAUUGUCGGAGAUGUUGAAGGUUAGUGAUGGUCAGUUUAACAAUUGGCUUUUAGAACUUCGUCUCAGGUCUUUUGAAAGAAGAUUAUGA